GUGUGUGUGUGCACCAGAGAGUGGGAGAGAGAGAAAAACAUGUUGAUAGGUAUAGAUAAGGGAUUUGGGAGUAGGCAUGGAGGAAUUGGGUUCCUGAGAAGGUGACUAAGUUAGAGAUUCUGUAAACGUGGGACUUUUGGGGUUCAGAAACAAGCAUCUGGUUCAGAGAAACCACCAAACGUCCCCCAAGUUCCACAUCAUGAGAUUUCCCCUCCCAACAUUCCUGGCUAGUACUAUCAGCACCACAGACAGCAGCAUCGACAAUGUCAAACCCUGCAGGACAGAAAGAGCAGCAGCCCCGCCCCUUCCCUUCCAUUCCAACCUGAGUCACAGCCCACUCCUUCGUGCAACGUCAGUUUCCUCAACUGUGUAUUGGGAGGUUGAGGUGGGUGUGGCGGACGUGAGUUGGUCCUUUGAAGAGGAAAACUGCAGUUUAGGGCAAAGGAUCAUAAACAUCUGGCUGCUUUUGGGCACCAAUUAAGCACUUUAAGUGGGGAGCGACAGCAGCUACACAACUCAAGCCCAUAAAGCCUUCUAAUUGCUCCGACCCACGUGGUCACAGUCUCCCUACUUAUAUAAAAGGCCUACAGAGGUGCAAGCAGUGAACGCCGGACACCCCGAACACUGUACUCUCCAUUCGGACGUCUCCAUCCUCAGAACCUCCUCUCUUCCCCAAAAAGCACCAUGACUUGCGGAUCUUACUGUGGUGGCCGCGCCUUCAGCUGCAUCUCGGCCUGCGGGCCCCGGCCUGGCCGCUGCUGCAUCACCGCUGCCCCCUACCGUGGCAUCUCCUGCUACCGCGGCCUCACUGGGGGCUUUGGCAGCCACAGCCUGUGCGGAGGCUAUAGGGCCGGCUCCUGCGGACGCAGCUUCGGCUACCGCUCUGGGGGCGUGUGUGGGCCCAGCCCCCCAUGCAUCACCACCGUGUCGGUCAACGAGAGCCUCCUCACACCCCUCAACCUGGAGAUCGACCCCAACGCGCAGUGCGUGAAGCAGGAGGAGAAGGAGCAGAUCAAAUCCCUCAACAGCAGGUUCGCGGCCUUCAUCGACAAGGUGCGCUUCCUGGAGCAGCAGAACAAGCUGCUGGAGACAAAGCUGCAGUUCUUCCAGAACCGCGAGUGUUGCCAGAGCAACCUGGAGCCCCUGUUUGAGGGUUACAUCGAGACUCUGCGGCGGGAGGCCGAGUGCGUGGAGGCUGACAGUGGGAGGCUGGCCUCAGAGCUCAACCACGUGCAGGAGGUGCUGGAGGGCUACAAGAAGAAGUAUGAGGAGGAGGUUUCUCUGAGAGCAACAGCUGAGAACGAGUUUGUGGCUCUGAAGAAGGAUGUGGACUGCGCCUACCUCCGCAAGUCAGACCUGGAGGCCAACGUGGAGGCCCUGAUCCAGGAGAUCGACUUCCUGAGGCGGCUGUAUGAGGAGGAGAUCCGCAUUCUCCAGUCCCAUAUCUCAGACACCUCUGUGGUUGUCAAGCUGGACAACAGCCGGGACCUGAACAUGGACUGCAUCGUCGCUGAGAUCAAGGCACAGUACGACGACAUUGUCACCCGCAGCCGGGCCGAGGCCGAGUCCUGGUACCGCAGCAAGUGUGAGGAGAUGAAGGCCACGGUGAUCAGGCAUGGGGAGACCCUGCGCCGCACCAAGGAGGAGAUCAACGAGCUGAACCGCAUGAUCCAGAGGCUGACGGCCGAGGUGGAGAACGCCAAGUGCCAGAACUCCAAGCUGGAGGCCGCGGUGGCCCAGUCUGAGCAGCAGGGUGAGGCGGCCCUCAGCGACGCGCGCUGCAAGCUGGCCGAGCUGGAGGGCGCCCUGCAGAAGGCCAAGCAGGACAUGGCCUGCCUGAUCAGGGAGUACCAGGAGGUGAUGAACUCCAAGCUGGGCCUGGACAUUGAGAUCGCCACCUACAGGCGCCUGCUGGAGGGCGAGGAGCAGAGGCUGUGUGAGGGCGUUGGCUCGGUGAAUGUCUGCGUCAGCAGCUCCCGCGGUGGCGUCGUCUGUGGCGAUCUCUGUGCCUCCACUACUGCCCCUGUUGUCUCCACCAGAGUCAGCAGCGUCCCCAGCAACAGCAACGUGGUGGUGGGCACCACUAACGCUUGCGCCCCCUCCAUCGGGAUGGGCGCCUGCGGCGGCAGCUGUAAGAGGUGCUAGGAGACUGCGGCCUCCGCCAGCGCCUGUAGCCAUCAUUCUCCACCCAGACAGUCCUCGGGCCGCCGGAACGGGCCGCCCUGGCCGGCCUCCCAAGAGCCGCCGCCAGCUGCGUGCACUCUAAGUGCCCUCCCCACCGCUCCGCUCUGGGAGCCAUCCCUGGUCGCAGGAGUCCGGGGAGGCCCGGCCAGCGCCGUGGUCUCUCUCUCUCUCUAGCCUUUCCUGGUAGUCAAUUUGUUGUCCGGAGGAUUCAUCCUUUUCUUCUGCCUACCUUCUGUUUUUUUGCUGUAUGCAUUGGUCUUGCCUGACCUCUUCCCCAAAGCUUGGAGGAACGGGGGAGACCCGGGAAUGUCCCUGUCUGCACGACCUGGGACUCUGCCCAUGCGCUUCUGCCUGUGGAAUGGAGACGCUGACCCUGGAUGGUGGUUCUGUGACUCUGCCAGGGACAGGCCCACGUGUGGGGAGAACAACAUCCUUAGGGAGAUGCCCUCAAGAGCUUCUGAAAAACUAAUGACUCUGCUGCCUUCUCCUUUGUCUUUGUUUCACUCUGUGUUUCCAAUAAACUCAUUGUAGCGCAUCAA